AUGGGGACGCUCCGGGAUUUGCAGUACGCCUUGCAGGAGAAGAUCGAGGAGCUGAGGCAGCGGGACGCCCUCAUCGACGAGCUGGAGCUGGAGCUGGACCAGAAGGACGAGCUCAUCCAGAAGCUCCAGAACGAGCUCGACAAGUACCGCUCCGUCAUCCGCCCGGCCACCCAGGCGGCGGCGGCCCACCAGCAGACCCCCGCCGGCCCUUUGCCCGCAGGAGGAGGAGGGGGAGGCGGAGGGGGCCUCGGGGGAGGCGGAGGGGAGCAGAGGACCAAGCGGCAGGCCAUUUCCGCCGAGCCCACCGCCUUCGACCUCCAGGACCUCAGCCAUGUCACCCUGCCUUUCUACCCCAAGAGCCCACAGUCAAAGGAUCUAAUAAAGGAAGCUAUCCUUGACAAUGACUUCAUGAAGAAUCUAGAACUGUCUCAGAUCCAGGAGAUUGUGGAUUGUAUGUAUCCGGUGGAAUAUGGCAAGGACAGCUGCAUCAUCAAGGAGGGAGACGUGGGUUCACUGGUUUAUGUCAUGGAAGACGGAAAGGUUGAAGUGACAAAGGAAGGUGUAAAGCUGUGCACCAUGGGGCCUGGCAAGGUAUUUGGGGAACUCGCUAUCCUUUACAACUGUACUCGGACCGCCACCGUCAAAACUCUCGUAAAUGUGAAACUUUGGGCUAUUGAUCGACAAUGUUUUCAAACAAUAAUGAUGAGGACUGGCCUCAUCAAGCAUACAGAGUAUAUGGAAUUUUUAAAAAGUGUUCCCACAUUCCAGAGCCUCCCUGAAGAGAUACUCAGUAAGCUCGCUGAUGUCCUAGAAGAGACACACUAUGAAAAUGGAGAGUAUAUUAUCAGGCAAGGUGCUCGAGGGGACACUUUCUUCAUAAUCAGCAAAGGCAAGGUAAAUGUUACUCGAGAAGAUUCACCAGGAGAAGAUCCAAUCUUUCUCCGCACUUUAGGAAAAGGAGAUUGGUUUGGAGAAAAAGCCCUCCAGGGGGAAGAUGUCAGGACAGCCAAUGUUAUUUCAGCUGAAGCUGUUACAUGUCUUGUCAUUGACAGAGACUCCUUCAAACAUUUGAUUGGAGGCCUGGAUGAUGUCUCCAAUAAAGCUUAUGAGGAUGCCGAAGCAAAAGCAAAAUAUGAAGCCGAAGCUGCCUUCUUCGCCAACCUGAAACUAUCUGACUUCAACAUCAUUGACACCCUUGGAGUUGGAGGUUUUGGAAGAGUUGAGCUGGUCCAGUUGAAGAGUGAUGAAUCAAAAACUUUUGCAAUGAAGAUACUGAAGAAACGCCACAUAGUGGACACGAGGCAGCAAGAGCACAUACGCUCAGAGAAGCAAAUAAUGCAAGGCGCUCACUCAGAUUUUAUUGUGAGGCUAUACAGGACAUUCAAAGAUAGCAAAUAUUUAUAUAUGUUGAUGGAGGCUUGUUUAGGUGGAGAGCUUUGGACAAUUCUCAGGGACAGAGGUUCUUUUGAAGAUUCUACAACCAGAUUUUAUACAGCUUGUGUGGUAGAAGCUUUUGCCUAUUUGCAUUCCAAAGGAAUCAUUUAUAGGGACCUCAAGCCAGAAAACCUCAUUCUAGAUCACCGAGGUUAUGCCAAACUGGUUGAUUUCGGCUUUGCAAAAAAAAUAGGAUUUGGAAAGAAAACAUGGACAUUUUGUGGAACUCCAGAGUAUGUAGCCCCAGAGAUCAUCCUGAACAAAGGUCAUGACAUUUCAGCAGACUACUGGUCACUGGGAAUCUUAAUGUAUGAGCUCUUGACUGGCAGUCCACCUUUCUCAGGACCAGAUCCCAUGAAAACUUAUAACAUCAUACUAAGGGGGAUUGACAUGAUCGAAUUUCCAAAGAAGAUUGCCAAAAAUGCUGCUAAUCUAAUAAAAAAACUAUGCAGGGACAACCCAUCAGAAAGAUUAGGUAACUUGAAAAAUGGAGUAAAGGAUAUUCAAAAGCACAAGUGGUUUGAAGGCUUUAACUGGGAAGGUUUAAGAAAAGGUACACUGACACCUCCUAUAAUACCAAGUGUUGCAUCACCAACAGAUACAAGCAAUUUUGAUAGCUUCCCUGAGGACAACGAUGAACCACCGCCUGAUGACAACUCAGGAUGGGACAUAGACUUUUAAUGUAUUUCUCUUACCUGCUUCUGCCUUGCUGAAGACAGCUUCCUGAGACAUAGCUGCCAGCAAACCUGAAGGAAUUGGGAAGGAUUAGUGCUCGGGGUCACCAUGAUGCCUUGAUUGAUGCUGCUACAGUAACUACAGUGGCAUUAGGACUUCUCGCUUAGAUGACAAUAGUGCUCUUCACAUGUUUUCUGUUUGAACUUAACAUAGCAGUUGACAUGGUGGUCCUGAAGCAAAGCCUUUUCCACCAGUAAUUAAAUGUGUUUUCUAUCACUUUAAUGAACUUGCUAUGCUCCUGGUGUAAUUUGAAAGCUGAUAGAAUAAGAUGCACAUAAUUCUAGCUGCAAGAUAAUUUUCUUUAUCUAGUUAAUUCUAGAGAUGUUAAGUACUGCAGAUUAUUCUACACUGUAGAGUCUACAGUAUGACAACUGGGGUAGUCUCAAAUUGCAAAAUACUGUAAAGUGUAUUGUGCCUCUUAAAGUAGGCCAAUGUAUUAAACCAAGGAGGACCACAAAGUGAUUGGUCAAGGAGCUCAUGUCAAAGCAAUGCUAUAAGUUGUCUUUCUUUUCAAGCAGUAUUCAUGACAAGAAUGAAUGUUACCUUCUUCCAUUUUUAAUUUCUGAUGUGCUUUUCCCCUCAACUGGUAACAAAAGCACAAUUGCUACAGUAUCUGUUGAACUGUUAAAAGCAAGUAUGGGUCGGUUAAUUAUCACAUGUGUCUGAGAACAUGAUAUAUCUAACGUUUAGUUUUAUUGGUACAGCUACAUAAGAGCAUGUAGAAAAUUAUUCAUAAAACUACUCAUUUUACACAUGUAUGCUAGUUAUAUUAUUAAAAAGGAAAAUGUACUUAUUGAAAGGUCCUGGACAGAAAAUGACAGCAGCCAACUGGUCUAAUAGGCAUUAACAUUGAGUUUGAAUAGCAUUUACCUUUUAGAGCCCAGUGAGGGAACAGGCAAGACACACUGCGUACUAUAUAGGUGCUAUGUAUAUUUUUCAUCUGUGAUAUAUGUAAACUCCCACUGUCAUUUUUCAGGGAAUAAAUGUAGCAAGAGAGAUUAUAGUCAACCAAAAUUUUAAAUAAUUUGCACACACAAACACAUCACACAGUGUUACUGCUCUGCUGCAGCAUUGCCAUUAGUUUGUUUUUCUGUUUCACAUAUCCUCUUAAAACCAUUGUAAUCUGACUGCAUUCGCUUGUUUGUUUCAAAGAUUAAUUAGUUCAAUUCUCUCUCUGACAUAACUAUAAAUGUAAUCAAUCAAUUUAAAACAAAAAAUUCAAUGCAUCUGAAAUAGAGCAUUUCAAAAUCCCAUAUCAUUUCAAAGGGAAAAUUAAGCACAUCUUGAAAUCAGUGGGAUUUUAAAAUUCUCCACCUUCAGUGGAUCAUGUCUAUUGGGCAUGAAUCUUCUAACAUCAGUGGCCACAUAAAUGACAACUGAGAAUAAAUUAUAUAAAAAUGUUGAGCAAUGUCAGCAAUCACAGAGAAGCCUCCCCUAUCCUUAUGAUAUCUGUCAGCAAAAACAGCCUUUUAGAUAGUAUUCUUUUUAUUAUCUCAGAUUUAAAAAUCCAAUAAUCCACACUUCAGAGAUGAAACAUAAUAUGAAAUGCCAUUGAGAGCUACCCCUUCUGUCAAUUCACUCAUAUUUAGAAAGCACUACCAGCCAACUCACAAUCUGCUUUUACCUCUUUUUAAAACGUUCCCUGCCUAAUUUUUCCUCCUAUAAUUUGCCCUCUUUUUUAUUAUUUUGCCUGCAUAAUUCUCCUAGCUUCUGCCUCCUUACACUACCUCUUUAUUUGUUUUGCCUUUUCCAGUAUUUAGAGUUAGCUCUUAAUGGGCUGAAUUCAAACUGAACUACUUGCGUGUAGGCUAGUCCUAUAAUACUUAUUCAGGAGUAAGUCCCAUUGAACGAAACAGACAUGUACAAGAUUGUAUUAUAAUUAGCCCUUGAAAUCAGUUGGGCAAAUCAUGAUUUGCCAUAUUGAUAUUUGUGCUACCAAAAUGGAGCUACCAUACAAUGCAAUCCUAUACAUGAUUAUUCAGAAAACAAUAUUUUGUUCAGUGGUGCUUACUUCCAAGUAAGAAUAAAUAGGACUGCAAUCUGGUUCAGAUCUAAUUUAUGAAGUAUAUCAUUUCAUAUCAUGUCUCUGGACUGUAAAACAUGCUCCAGGCAAAGCAAAAUAGCUUUAGAUGCAAGAGCAGUCCCUGGUAAAUAUAUAUCACAGCACUGGCUUAGAAUUAUUUAGGGAACACUGCACAAUUGUACUGUAAGUACUGUUUUUCUAAGAAGAGAGGCUUAUAAAGUAGUUCAGUUGGAGAGGGGGAGGGAAUGCAUCCAAAAAUCAAAAUCUGGGUUUCCUAAAAAAAUAUUUUUCAAAUCAGUCUUUUCAGUUGUCCUUGGUGUAACAUAGGAAGAAAUAUAUGGUGGUCUUCCUUGUAUUCUCAUCAAUUUAAUAGUAGCAUAAUGUUUUCUGAGAUCAUUUGUGUUUCACACUCAGAGCAGGGAUGGAGAACAUGUGACCCUCCAGAUAUUGUUGGACUCCAACUCAAGUCAAGCUCUUGCUGGCAUAACCAGUGGUAAGGUAUGAUGGGACUGCCAGUGCAAGAACAUGUAGAGUACCACAUCCUCACAUUGCAGCCAACCUGUGGUCUUAUUUACACCUCACUCCUAAU